UUUAGAGUAUGCAAAACAUUCAGAUAUUGACGAAAAUGUAGCAGUUAUUAUCUGUGGAAGAAACACCAAAUUCCAACGUUACUACUCAAAUCAGUACUCCGAUAUGAAGCAUUGCUUAGAUGACGUUGAAUAUGGGGGACCAAGUCCACUAACAGCUGCAUUUUUUCUGUCUUCAGGAUGCUUACUACAUGUCAAUGAAAAAGGGUACACAAGAAGGUUUGGAGAGUUUCACGUUCGUCCGAAAAUAAUUCUCAUUUCUGAUGGAAAACCCACAGAUUUUACGGCCAUGAAUAAUAUUAAUAUUGAUGAUUCUCCAGUUUUUGAAACUGAAGAGGACAAAAACCAUUUGCUGCAGUAUACAAAGAUUAUUGGCAAGUUCCAUCCCAUCUUCUGCAUCCCUGUUGGAAGGAAACCCGACUUGACAUUACUGGAAUUCCUGAGUGCUCAGUCAAGGGGAGGAAAGAUUUUUUUUCCCUACGAGACCAGACAGUUUGCAAAAUAUACAGAAAAUAUGAGAACUGCCUCCAUGUUAUCGUAUAACAUGAGAAAUGAUGGGAAUGACCACGACAUGAUUCUGACGUUGCUGGCUUGUAACUUUCCUGAUAAAGAAUUCUCAGAGAAAGAUCAGGAGGAUAUAUUUGAAAUAUGCUCAAAGAAAUCAUUAUAUAAUUCCGAGGAUUCAGUAAAAGCAGAAGUUGUCGAUGAAAUUGAUGAAGUAUAUCAAGAGAGAGACCCUCGAAUGCCUCCUUUAGGAUCACGGGCCAAACGUGGACGAGACUGGAAGUGGAAUAAUCAGGAUAGCAAUGGUCCUGGAACAGUCAUAGGACACUUAAAGGAGGUCGGCUGGUUAAACGUAAAUUGGGAUACCGGUUUAGUCUAUGGCUACAGAUAUGGAUCUACCAAAGAUGAAAGGGAUAAAUACGACGUUCAAGUCUGUAAUGAACCUCGAAUAUUAGAAAAUGAACCUAUUGCAACGGGAUGUCCAGUAAAAAGAG